UCUCAUUGAUCAACAUCAUCCUCCUCCCACAUUACCUCAGCCCUGGUGUGGCUACUGUGUGUGCGCGGUAUCAUUGUUACCGUGGAGCUGAAGUGCAGUGCAAGUCAGUGCUAGUCAGUCCCUCACAACCACGUAUACAAGACAACUCACUAGUCACCCUUCCCUUCACUCAAGAGACAUGUUGUUACUGGUCGCCGUGCUGCUGCUGGCGGGCUCAGCUGCCGCAGAGUCGCCUGGACCGAGCAACCUCUUAGGCUGCAACAACGGCUGGAAGGCCAGUGCAUGGAUGGCUGGAACAGGCAACCUCAAUACGGUAGCUUCCACCGGAUUGUACAAUAUCGUCUACAGGGAUGGCAAAGCUGCGGAAAGCGCGUUUUCGUGCCCCCAGCUUAGCCUUAAUGCCGCCGGUGGAACUUACACUUAUAAUUACAAAAAUUCAGCAGGAGCGCUGGUUUCUCAAACCGGCAACUUGACGUGGACGGCAGACCCAGGAUACUUCGACCUCCAGGGCAUGAAGACUGGGCACCUGGGUACGGACUGCGGAUGGUUCCAGAGCACUUGCACCGCUCGGCUGUACCCCUUCGAUGCCGCGCCUAACGGGCUCCUCCUGAAGGCGUGCACAGGAUGGUUCAUCUUCGCAGCCCAGACCGCGUACUACCUCGUGCCUUCAUCCACGGCAUCCACCAACAAUCCCUGCAAUAACUGUUGAAGAAAACAUCCAUGGUUAUGCGGAAUGUCUUUGAGUAAAGCUAAAUGACAGCAAUUUCAAGCUAAUGUUUUCAAUAUGAGCAGAUAAAGCGACUGUGACUGUUAUUAUUGGUAUAAAUUGGGCAUCAUAGAAAACGUUUUCGAUAAUUUACAAUCCGCCAAUCGCUCCAAAAUUAACUUCUCAAUAUUUAUUCGAUGGCUAUACGUAUGCCAUCCAGCCAAAAUAUUCUAUCUAAUAAUAGUUACAUUUGUGUGAUUAGGUUAUUGUAGAGAAUAAUCAGUUGCAGGGGAAGAUAUAUGAUUUUUCAUGUCUUUAUAAAAAUUUGGUAAUGGCUGGCUAAGUUAUCCUUUAUGUGGGGGUUUAGGUUUGUAACGUGAUGGCAAACCAGGUUGUUUAUUAUGAAUAUUUCAUUUGAAGCAAUAACUGAUCCACUUCGGCAGAUAUUUAUUGUCAUUGAUUCAUUGAUCCCAAGUCGAGACAAAAGUUUUAAUAAUGUGACUAUCCUCCUAUAAGUAAUCUGGAUCGUUAUAUAAAUAAUCUGGAUCAUUAUAUUAAUAAUCUGGAUCAUUAUAUAAGCAAUCUGGAUUAUAAUAAGUCUCUGUUGAGAUUUGUCCCUACUUAAAUAAACACUGGCUUUAGGUUUCAUUGUGGAGAGUGAACCUAAAGCUAGAAACAUCGAAAUACUUAGUAAUUAAGACUCAUCCUGUAAAUACAUUCAUCGUACGAAAAUACAUCACUAUUGCAA